AUGUCAGCUAUCCAAUCGCCACCACCAAAAUCUUUGCAGUCAAGUUAUUCAGCCGCUUUGCCAGCUUCCACCGGCGCCUAUAUUAAACCAGGUUUGAUUGGUAGUCCCGCUGUAAGUAAUAACACAGAGUCUAAUAACGACAACAAUGAUGGUGCGGAACAUCAGGGGGCAAAUCAAAGAGUUGACUUGGGUGCAAUGAUAGAAGAAUUGACCUCACAACUGGGGAAAGAAAAUUGGACGAAGUACGCACAGAUUAUUAGUCUUUUCAUUUUGGGGAAGUUAUCCAGAAAAGAACUAUCAAAUGAAUUGGAACUGCUAUUUUCACUAAAUUCCACGAACUUAGAGAAAUCGAAUACAACCCACCUCCAUAGUCUAGUACGACUUCAUAACCAGCUAUUAUUAGGAAUCUUUGCUAAUUCAUUACGUGAAAAUCCUCUUGGCAGGAACGGUAAUGAGAGUUCCUGGGGCUUUGGCAAUGGAAGCAACAAUCCAAAUAAUAAACUGAAAAAAAUAAAUAAGCAUAACUCUCAAAUUGAGGUUUACAAGAAAAUUGUUAUGUCAUUACCCAUUAAUGAUCGAAAUAGACUAAAGAUGAUUACGAAAGAAGCUGGUAAAAGAGGGUUUAUUUUUUGCUCUGUUUUCCAGGCUAGACUAAAUAAUAUACCCAAGAUUCCUAUAGUGACUAAUCCAGAAAGUUUGAAACGUGUCAAGAGUAAUAACCUGAAAACGCCAUUAGAAUGGUCGCAAGACAUAAUGAAUGGAUUCAAUGUUUCCUUGGCAAGUGAAAGCUAUUCUUUGCCAGACACAGAUUCGUUUUAUUUGAGGAUGGUUGGCAUAGCAAGAGAACAUGGGUUAGUCGGUACGGUGGAUGCCCGUUGUGUAGAGCUUAUAUCGUUGGCACUAGAUCAAUAUCUGAAGAGCAUAAUAGAAUUUACUAUUGAUACAGUUCGUUAUAGAAGGAAAAGAUAUUCAGAUUACUAUGAUUUAAAUGAAAGUGGGCUAUAUAAGUCAGUAUCAGAAAUGGCUGCUGACAAGCAUGAUGCCAAGAUCAAGGCAUUUAACGAUUGCAAAGAUGAGAAUGAUGACUAUACUGAUGAAAAGAACACUAGUAAUGACAAUAAUAGUAGUAGGGAUGAUGUUGGCGACUUGUCGAUGAAUAGCGCCACAAAAUCUGGUGACGGAGCUGGUGAGGAGACAAACGAAAAUAGAACGGUGUCAUUAACCAAUGAAGAUGUAUAUGAUUCAUUAUCUGUUUUCCCAAAUUUGGUAGAACCUUCAGGCUCUUACUAUGCAUUAACUAAUUUGGGGUUGGUAAAUGACGAUGAACUAGUAGAUCUGAAGAGCAAUAUUGACGAUCUGCCAGAUUUCUUGGAUGAAAAGCCAACUUUCACACCGUUGGAUGAAAAGAAUGUUGGUACUAGGCAUGAAUUGAACUGGCUAAUCAAAGGGAUUUUAACAGAAGAUUGA